AUGUCUCCUUUGACGAUGAGGAUGUUAGUACUGCUGCUGCUGCUGCCCCUGAGCCAGGCUGCCCCCAAGGAUGGAACCACCAGGCUGGUCCCUGAAGUGCAGCAGCAGCCCCUCCUCAACCCCUUCCAGCCAGGCCAGGAGCAGCUGCGACUUCUGCAGAGCUACCUAAAGGGACUAGAGAGGAUGGAAGAGGAGCCGGAGCACAUGAGCCGGGAGCAGGUCCUGCUCUACCUCUUUGCCCUCCAUGACUAUGACCAGAGUGGACAGCUGGACGGCCUGGAGCUGAUGUCCAUGUUGACAGCAGCUCUGGCCCCGGGAGCCGCUGACUCUCCCACCACCAACCCCGUGGUCCUGCUGGUGGACGAGGUGCUGGAGACGCAGGACCUGAAUGGGGACGGGCUCAUGACCCCGGCAGAGCUCAUCAACUUCCCCGGAGAGGCCCCCAGGCCCCCGGAGCCACAGGACCCGGGGAGGCAGCCCCCGCUAGCGAAGAGCCCGUCCCGACCAGAGGCACGGGAAGCCGAGGGGCCCAGGGAGGAGGAGGGGCAGGUGGAGGCCGGGAAGGAGUCCUUGGAGCCUGGACAGGAGGCCGGAGGAGAGGCCCCCGGCCCCGGAGGGGAGGCUGGGGCCCAGGCCGAGGCCAGGGAUGCUGGGAGGAAAGCGCAGGGGCUCCCAGGGGAGACGCUGGAGUAUAAGGCCCCCGCAAGUGAGUUUGAGGCCCAUGCUAUUCAGCUGGAGAACAGCGAGAUGUAA